AUGAAAAUUGCUCGUAAUAUGGUUCCCGAUCUCAGGCCCAUAGUUCAAAAGAUAUGUAAAGAAUUUGUGGAAGGUUUUAGAACACAUGAUAAAUCUUGGAAAGAGACCGAAGAAAGUAGUUCAUGUGUUGUUAAAGAAAUCUUAAAUGCCUUAAAAGAUAUUCGGAAUAAUCCAGUAUUUAAUUCUGAAAUUGCAAGGACAUUAAAUGAGGGAACGUACCAAUCAACCCGGGAGGCAAAUGAUGGUCUUUAUUGGGUACGCCAAAGUCUUAAUCCUGCUAAAGAACAGUUUGGUAUUGUAGAUAUACAAGUAGCAGUGAAUAUACUUCAUCUGAACGUUCUUGUUCGAGAUAAGGAAAUGGCAAGCCUUCGUAAUAUUAUGAGAGUUAGACCACAAACAACCACAUUUUUCCUUUGUGAUGUUCAGGAAAAAUUUCGAUCUCACAUUCAUCAAUUUUUGAGUGUAGUUUCGACCGCUCAAAAAAUGAUUGCAGCAUCCAAAAUCUUGGAGAUACCUUUAGUUGUCACAGAACAGGUUUCUCUUGGAUCUACAGUUCAAGAACUUGAUAUUACUAGCGCAGUAGAAGUAGUUAAAAAGGUCAAAUUUUCAAUGUACGAAGAAAAAGUUCAAGGUAUAUUAAAAGAUCGAGAGAUAAAAUCAGUGGUGCUAUUUGGAAUUGAGGCACACGUAUGUGUGCUUCAGACAACACUAGAUUUAUUGGAAAAUGGUUAUGAUGUUCAUGUUUUGGCAGAUGGAGUUUCAUCGAUAAAUCAUCCAGAAAUCGAAAUUGCAUUGCAGCGUAUUCGACAAGCAGGAGCAUCAGUCACAACUUCUGAAUCAAUUUUGUUUCAACUCCUUGGUGAUGCUAAAAAUGAAAAGUUUAAACCAAUUUCUAAUUUAAUCAAGGAAUAUAAAGAAGCGACAUCUAACAAUAA